GCCUGAUGAGAUCAGGAUGAUCCCUCAACAUGGUGUCGAUAGAUUCUUCCGUCUACGACUCCUGAACUCGAGCAUAUUCAUCUCAGACGAAUUUCAGCACAAUGAGCAAGCCUUCACUCCUCAGGGGUACAUGGCAGGAAUGGCGUUACUUAGAGAAAAAUCCACAGUUCCAGGAACUAGUCGAGGUAUGCCUUUCAGAGCAUCAGGCAUUCGCAAACAAGGCAAAAAUCAUCCUUGUCAUGCCACCAAAUAUGACCCAAGAUAUACUUGGUUUGACAUCCCUCGAGACCAAGCUGGAAGAAACCGGCAACUCACAACUCGCCCAAGUUGUACGCUGGCUUAUAUUCUGGGAACAAGAGGAUGACUGGAAAGCGCAGAUCGAAGAAUUGGCUCAGUGUUUCGUUGUGGCGGAUAUCAAAGCACGCUGGACUGUUCACAGAGAGAUAUAUGUCCAGGAGGAAACCCAAAAGUAUGUGCUGGACACAGAGAAGCCCCAGCUGAACAAAUACAAAGAAGAACUUCAGCGUCUCGAUGACCAGUACUGGGACAAUUGCCGACUUCGCUGGACGUUGGAGGGGAAAUACACCCCCGGGAUGUGUUAAACGAGCCUUGAAAGCAUACAGAA